GACGAGCUACACCUGUUGGACAGCGAUGUCGGGCCGACGCUCGAGGCAGUCGUCAGCCGCAUGCGCUACAUCUCCGUGCAGGUGCAGCUGCCCAUCCGUAUUGUGGCCUUGGCCGCCUCAUUGGCCAACGCGAAGGAUGUGGGUGAGUGGAUUGGCGCCGGAAGCAGUGGCCUCUUCAACUUCUCGCCCAAC